GUAGGCGGGUAUAGUAUAUACUGUAGUGUAUAUCGCCGGUGUUGAGGGCAGAAGGGACCAAGGGGCAGGUUAAGCUUUUGGGUUGAGUUACUACGAAUCGGUAUUUUUCAGAUGGUUAGCAACGCAUAUAUUUAGCCGGUGCAGGCGUACGCUUUGUUGGCUCCCUGGAAUUCUGCAUGGUUAAGCAUGCUAGCCACGUAGAUAGCCAGUUGCUAACUUCUGGAGUCUCUAACGAAUGUCCGCUAGCCAGGGACUUGCGUAUUCUAGAGAGACACACCGAACAUGCCGACAAUUUGCCGUGGAUGCAUUACUCAAAAACAGCAAUCCUAGUUCCGAUCGAACCUGGCUAUAACGUUAGCUUGGCAACCACCCAGUCACGCGCGCAAAUUCAAAUGCACAGGAAUUGCUUUUUGCUUGUUAGAAACUGCGAAAUUUCAUACCACGGCUUUACAAUUUUGUCUGAUAUGUAUUGGUGUGAUCUACAAGCUAGUCGUGUAUAAUAGUGUUUAGUUGUCAUUGCUUGCAUGCUAUGCCUUUGCUCCUGAUAAUAAUAAAAUGGCUUGCCAGCUGCUCUACCUAGUUAAUUCGCGUCACGCUGCAUUGUGUGCAAGCAUUCAGUUCACUAUUUAGGCUUCUGUAUGGGUCCAGUAUUUAUAGAUUCUGACGAUUGACAUUUUAAGAUGGCAGUUCUACACGCGAGAACCUUUCUUUUAAACCUCAGGUGUUCCAUCCCGAGAGUCAUUAUGUCUCCCUGUGUGCGAUUUGCACCCAUCCGGGGCUGCUUAAGCAAAAAGGUCCAGUAUCUAUCCCGGCUUCCCAGGCUGGCAGCGCUUUGUUGGGUGGCAGAAAAGACCGCAUCCUGCGUUGCGAGCUGCCAGGAGGCGUCCCAACAUCAGCGACCAGCAGACAGGAAGUCUUUAGUGAGGGUUCAGGUACACAAGCUGGCCUUCGCCGUGAGGCUUUGCUUCCGUGCGGUGGUCCUGCUGCUGAAGUUUGGCCCCUUGCUCUUGCUGUACCCGCUGUGUCUGGUCUCGGGGCGCCUGGGCUCCCGCUGGCUGGACGCCCUGCUGUGGGUGACGGAGACGUCGGGCCCCACCUUCAUCAAGCUGGGCCAGUGGGCCAGCACCAGGAGGGACGUCUUCUCCCCGGAGUUCUGCGACAGGUUCUCCCGGCUGCACGUGCAGGUGCGCCCCCACUCCUGGGCGCACACCAAGCAGUGCCUGCGGGGGGCCUUCGGGGACUCCUGGAAGAGGCUGUUCCGGUUCCACAGCCGGGAGCCCGUCGGGUCGGGCUGCGUGGCCCAGGUGUACCGGGCCUCGGCCCAGGUGGACAGCAUCCAGGACCCGGUCUUCCAGCAGCUGGUGGGCGACAUGGAGCGGGACGACCCCCUGGAGGCCUGGGAGAUCCCCGGGCUGGGCGGGACUUUGGGCUCACUCUGGGGGCGGGGGCACGAGGACGCCGACGGAGAAGAGCUGAGCAAAGACGGGAGGGGUGGUGGGGGUGACCGGCCCUCAGCGGGACACGGAGAGCAGGGCCGAACUGGGGACACGCCCCACAAGCAAGAGCACCUGAUGUCAGUAGCUAUCAAGGUGCUUCACCCCGGGGUCCGGAGGCAGGUGCAGGUAGACCUGCUGCUCAUGAAGGCGGGCAGCUGGGUGCUGCACUGUCUGCCCGGCCUGAAGUGGCUCAGCCUGCCGGAGAUUGUGGACGAGUUUGAGAAGCUCAUGAUCAGACAGAUUGACCUGCGAUACGAGGCGGAGAACAUGGAAAGAUUCCGGGAGAAUUUUCGGGAUGUGGAUUUCGUCACGUUCCCUACGCCUCUUCGGCCGUUCGUCACCAGGAACAUUCUGGUGGAAACAUUCGAGGAGAGUGAACCCAUCUCCAACUUCCUGACCCAAGACGUGCCGGAGGAGGUGAAGCGGAGGAUUGCCAGGAUGGGAGUGGACACUCUGUUGAAGAUGAUCGUCGUGGAUAACUUUGUGCACGGGGACCUGCACCCGGGGAACAUCCUGGUGCAGGGCGGGCGCGGGGAGGCCCCGCUGGGCACGGCCACGCUGACGGACCUGUGCGACACGCUGGUGGUGAGCAUGCGGCCCGCCGCCGCGCCGCUGCGCCUGGUGCUGCUGGACGCCGGCAUCGUGGCCCGGCUCAGCGAGGGGGACCUGCGCAACUUCCGCGCCGUCUUCACCGCCGUGGUGCUCCGAGAGGGGGAGAGGGUGGCGGAGCUCAUCCUAAACCACGCCCGGGCGAACGAGUGCCAGGACGUGCCCAGGUUCAAGCGGGAGAUGGCAGAGCUGGUGAACGAGACCCUCAGCAACACUCUCACUCUGGGGAAGGUGCAGGUGGCUGAUUUACUCUCCCGUGUCUUUGGGCUGUUGAUCACUCACAAGGUGAAGCUGGAGAGUAACUUCGCCUCCAUUGUGUUCGCCAUCAUGGUCCUGGAGGGCCUUGGCAGAUCCCUGGAUCCCAACCUGGACAUCCUGAAGAUCGCCAAACCCAUGCUGCUAAAAAACUGCGCCUCCCUCCUGUAGCUCGACAAACCGACGUUAGAGCUGUGGCUAAUUCACUCACUAAGACCACAUCAUCCCAUGUCUCAUUUACCUCUGUGUUGUCCUUCAGAAAAAUAUGACUGGAGACGCUGCAAGUGCAAAACGUAGUCCAUAGAGGGGUUCCUGAUCUUAUCCCAGAAUGAGCAGUGGGGCCAAAACUUGUAAAACACCCCGAUUCAACUAAUUAAAGUUGUGAUUGGCUAA